AUGGAGACAUGCCGGCUUUUCGAACACAUCGCUUUGUACUGCGAGAAGUACACAAAAGUUACACCUCUCACUUUCCUGCUUGGAUUUUACGUAUCGUUCAUCGCCGGACGUUGGUGGCGCAUAUUCCAGAACAUCACGCUGAACAUAACCGUUUCAUGCCUUGUGGAAGGCUCGGACCAGCAGAGUGUUAAUCUCCGGAAGACGAUUUUACGGUAUGCUAAUUUGUCGCAAGUCCUCGUCCUUCGUGACAUCAGCAAACCGAUGCAUCAGCGGUACCCUACGUUGAACUACCUCGUCAGAGCCGGCUACAUAACUGAGACCGAGCUGGUCGCUUACGAAAACACCAAGGCGAAGAUGCACAAAUUCUGGGUUCCGUUGCAGUGGGCGUACACAACGGUGUUGGACUGCCGGAAGAGCGACAAAAUCAGGGCAGACAUCUACGCCGUUCAGAUUCUGAACGAGAUCAUGACCAUACAGAAAAACAUGCACGAACUGCUGUCGUACGACUGGAUCACGGUGCCACUGGUGUACACCCAGGUCGUAACGAUUGCCGUGUACAGCUACUUCCUGGCAUCACUUUUCAGCCGCCAGUAUUUAGAUCCAACCAUGCGCUACAGUGGCUACGAAUUUGAUCUGUACUUCCCGUGGAUCACGAUUUUCGAGUUUUUCUUUUACAUGGGGUGGCUGAAGGUAGCCGAAUCGAUAAUGAACCCUCUUGGCGACGAUGACGACGAUAUCGAGGUAGGACGCAUCAUCGACCGAAACAACUUGGUAAGUUCAUUUGCUAUGACGGAAAUAAAUGCUGCUGGGCAGCAGCGUUCAACACAUAUGGAAACGAAUAGAAACACUGUUCACAAGAUUUGA